AUGGAAUUAGAACAUUGGUCUGAUUAUUAUUCGAUGGCUUGGAAUUAUUCAUUUGGUACUGUCGGAGUUGUAAUGAAUUCCAUCUUACUUUUUGUCAUUCAAAAAAAGACACCGGAAUAUAUGAGAACGUAUUCGUAAGUAAUUCAAUUUUGAAUAUUUUAAUUUAUUUACAAUCAUCAGAUUUGUGCUUCAAACUGGAUCUUGUUGGGAUUUGGUCACGGCGUUUUCAGGAAUUAUAGCAAGUGCCAGAUAUUUCGCAACAGGAAAAUCGGCGGUUUUGAUGUUUCAUGGUUUGGGAAAAUAUUUUCCUUUUGAGAGAGAAACCAAUUCUCGAAUAUGUUUUACAUGUGAGUUAUGACGUGGAAAUUUAGAAUUCAAAUAUUUCUAGUUUUCACUAUCGAAGUUCAUGGUUUCCUUUUCUCAAUCUUCAUCAUAAUAUUUUGCCUUUACUAUCGAAAAAGAGCAGUAACAAGAUCAUACGAUCCAAUUUCAAAAAUAUCCGUUCAAAUAUUUUGCAUCACCUCAACAAUUUGCAUGUUCAUCUAUACUGUUUUGAUGUCAUAUCUUCAUCUUAUUCCAAUCUCAACAAUUAAUGCAUUACUUGAAGAAGCUCGACCAGAACUUAUCAAUUCCACGUGGAAUUAUUUUGCAAUCAUGGAUCUUUCCGCUUUUCCUGAUUUUCUUACUGAAGGUUUCGCUUUAUCUCAAUCAACUAUUGUUAUGAUUUAUUUAUUCUAUUGUCGUCACAAAAUUCUUAAAACCCUUAAAACACUACAUCUAAGUCCGGCUACAAUGGAAUUGCAAAAAUCAUUGAUGAAAAUCUUAUUGAUUCAGACUUUCAUUCCAGCUUUUCACAUUCUUUUCACAAUUCCUUACACUAUUGUCACUUUCACAAAUACCACUCAAACUGCAUUUUUCGAAAAUUCUGUUGAAACAACUGUUUUAGUUCUAGCUGCAGUAACUCCAAUAAUCACAAUAUGGUUUAUAAAACCUUAUCGGUAAGUAACACUUUUUAAGAAUUAUUACUAACAGGGAAAAACUUUAAAGAUUUGUUUUGGCAAAACUUUUUGGGCCGGAUAUUAUUACACCAAUUCUUGUGGUUUCGCAAAAUAGUUUAUAUGUCGAUGAUUCUGCGCAAAUAUGA